CCAUGUAAGCUGUAGCAAUAGAUAUCCAGCCCCAGGUUUUGUGGCUGCACAACCCUCUAACAGCAUAGAGUCCCAUUUCAGAAGGAGGAAAGGAGUUUUGAACCAUCCUCACCUGGAUUUUUAAAAGACUGAUCCUUAAACCUGACUUUCAGCACACGGAAUGCACACAGUCUCUUUCUAUCUGUUAACAGGUGUGCCUGCAAGAAGUUCUCCGUCUUCUUGCUAAAAAAAAAAAAAAAAAAAAGGUAUUUUAAAAAUGGACAGCAAAAAAAGCAAAUAUCAUGGGAGUAGCAGCAGGCAGUGCCCAGAGUCCCUGCUGUGAUCGCUGCGGCUCCCGCCCCUCUCCCAGGUACAUAUUUGCUCUCCUGGUGCCUCCUCCCUCCAGGGCUGCUGCAGCACUUGGGGCAGUCCUUGGCUCCACCCAAGCCUGCUGGCUGCCCAUACUCACCUCCUCUCUUUGCUGCAGCACGCACUGGCAGGGUGGGCAGCAUGUCCAGGGUCACGGCGAGACUGUGCCAAGAACGAGCAGCAGCGGACGGGCUCGGAUCCAACAGGAAUGCCAUCAAGUAUCUGAAGCAGGACUAUGAAGCCCUGAAGCAGCAGUGCCUGCAGACUGGCACACUGUUCAAGGAUGAAGAGUUCCCAGCCUGUCCUUCUGCUCUGGGCUACCGGGACCUGGGACCGUAUUCCUUCAAAACUCAGGGGAUAGUCUGGAAGCGCCCCACGGAGUUAUGUGCCAACCCUCAGUUUAUAAUCGGAGGAGCUACCCGAACAGAUGUCUGCCAAGGAGAGCUGGGUGAUUGCUGGCUCCUAGCUGCCAUUGCAUCUCUCACUUUGAAUCCAGAUAUUCUGUUCCGUGUUGUUCCCAAGGCACAGAGUUUCCAGAAGGACUAUGCUGGAAUCUUUCAUUUCCAGUUCUGGCAGUACGGGGAGUGGGUGGACGUGGUGGUGGACGACAGGCUGCCCACCAAGAACGGGAAGCUGCUCUUUGUGCACUCAGAGGAGGGCAGCGAGUUCUGGAGUGCACUGCUGGAGAAGGCCUACGCCAAGUUGAAUGGCUCUUAUGAAGCUCUAGCAGGAGGAUCCACUGUGGAGGGCUUUGAGGAUUUUACUGGAGGCAUCUCUGAGUCCUAUGAGCUGCGGAGGGCUCCUGCAAACCUGUACCAAAUCAUCCAGAAAGCCUUGAGAGCUGGGUCACUGCUUGGCUGCUCCAUCGAUAUAACUGCUGCAGCUGAAAUAGAAGCAAUCACAAGUCUGAAGCUGGUAAAAGGACAUGCUUACUCUAUCACUGGAGCAGAGGAGGUAUAUUACCGAGGACGCCCAGAGAAACUAGUGAGGCUUAGGAAUCCCUGGGGUGAAGUAGAAUGGACUGGAUCUUGGAGUGAUAAUGCUCCUGAGUGGAAUUAUGUUGAUCCCAAACAAAAGCAGGCUCUGGAUAAGCAAGUAGAUGAUGGAGAGUUUUGGAUGGCAUUUUCAGAUUUCCAAAGGCAGUUUAGCUGCCUUGAGAUCUGCAAUUUGACUCCUGACACACUGGCAAGCAACAAGGUCAACAAAUGGGACCUGACCAUGUUUAAUGGACAGUGGAGACGGGGUUCAUCUGCUGGGGGCUGCCAGAACUACCAAGCAACAUACUGGACCAACCCCCAGUUUAGAAUCCGGUUGGACGAACCAGACGAUGACCAUGCAGGGAGUCCCAACGAGCCGUGCUGCACCAUCCUGGUGGGACUGAUGCAGAAGAACCACAGGAGACAGCAAAGAAUGGGAGAAGGUCUGCUUAGUAUUGGUUUUUCACUCUAUCAGAUUCCUCAGGAGCUGGAAGACAGCACAGAUGUGCCUGUGGGCCGUGCUUUCUUUGCGAGGCACCAGCCAGCAGCCCGGACUGACCCCUACGUGAACCUGCGCGAGGUCUCCAGCCGCAUGACGCUGCCCCGGGGACAGUACCUCAUCGUGCCCUCCACCUUUGAGCCCUACAAGAACGGGGAGUUCUGCCUGAGGGUGUUUGCUGAGAAACAGGCCAAACCACAGAUGAUGGGUGAUGAGGUGUCUGCAAAGCCAUAUGAGCCUCAUGUUGAUAACAAAGAUAUAGAUGAUGAGUUCAAGACUCUCUUCCAAAAGCUCUCUGGAGAGGACUGUGAAGUGACUGCUACUGAACUUCAAAGGAUCCUAAACAGGGUUUUGGCAAAGAGAAAGGAUGUGAAAAGUGAUGGAUUCAACAUUAACACUUGCAGGGAGAUGAUCAGCCUUUUAGAUACCGACGGGACUGGCACCUUGGGACUUGUAGAAUUCAAGACACUUUGGAUGAAGAUUCAAAAGUAUUUGGCAAUCUAUAGGAAAGUGGACAGUGACUACUCUGGUACCAUCGACUCCCAUGAGAUGCGAAAUGCCCUCAGAGAGGCAGGUUUCAGGCUCAACGAUGAGGUGCAGCACAGCAUCGUCGCCCGCUACGCCUGCAGCACCAAGCUGACCAUCGACUUCGAUGGCUUUGUGGCCUGCAUGAUCCGUCUGGAGACCCUGUUCAAAGUGUUCUAUCUCCUCGACAAAGACAAGAAUGGAGUCAUCCAGAUCUCUCUGCCUGAGAAUACAAAUAUAUCUCAGGAAACAGCUGGAAGGAGCCCCAAGAGGUCCAUCCAAUUAGUCCUCUCAGCUGAAGACUGGCUCAAGGGGAGGAGGAUGGCUGGGAGGCCCUGUGACCUUCAGUCACAGUUAGUUAAAUCUCACUGAAAUUGUACAUUGUGUACUCCCACCCUGGAGUUUUUCAAGGCUGAAAGUUGAAGCUUUCUCCAGCUUGCCCUGUAGAACUCAUCUUCCUUUGGAAGAGACCCUACUUGCAGUGUUUGAGGCUGAUCCUGGCAGUAGAUUUCCCUGAAGUUCAAGAGCAGAUGGAUCCUACACAUAUAAAAGAUUAAAAUGCAACUCCAGCCUUUCCCAGCUUGUUCUCCCAAAGCCAUGGAAGAAUGCCCCAGUGGCAUCCUGUAGACCUUCCUGCACUGACUCCUUGU